AUGGACUUGGAUGUGGAACAGUUCCGUAUUCCAGUGUGCACUCUUUAUUCUUUACUCCCAAUCAGGUCAGUCCAAUUUAGAUGUGACCUUUUAAAUGUCCAUUGAUGUACAGUGGGGGAGCUGGUGAUUUGGUAGCUUGCAUGAUAUCCUAUUUUCUCUUUAGGAGCAAGAAUACAGUGAGUUCUCCCAGAUUCUUAGAGACCUGUCCCAGAUUGGGGAUGCUGUCAUAAUCACUUGUGCAAAAGGCGGGGUCCAGUUCUCAGCCUGUGGUUGGGCACUGGCAUCAUCAAGCUGUCCCAGACCAACAGCGUGGGCAAUGAGGAUGAAG